AUGUCUGUUCAUCGUUAUGUUGGAGUAUGUUUACCAUUUAAAACAUCAACACUCCUAAAAACAGCUCGAGUUCGAAUAUUUAUUCUAUCACUUCUCGGAUUCUCUCUUCUUUUCAAUAUUACUCGAUUUUUUGAGGUACGUGUGGUCAAUAAUUGUUUCCGAUCAAAUAUAAAUGCCUUUAUUCCUGUGUUAGUCCCAUCAAAUCUACGACUUAGUCAAACUUAUCGCCUUAUAUUUUUUGGUUGGGCCUAUACUAUAUUGAUGUUUGUGCUGCCAUUUACAUUAUUAAUUAUUUUAAAUUCUCAGGUGCUAUUAGCCAUUCGACGAUCAAAUCGAUUACAUAGGAGGCAAAGUAUGGUACCCGAUGAAUCGUUAAAACAGGCGGAACGAAAAGAACGCCAAAUAUCAAUAAUGCUUAUUACAAUUGUACUCGUUUUCCUAUCAUGCAAUACAUUAGCAUUCGUAGUUAAUAUUCUGGAAAAUGUUGGUUAUGACAAUGCUCUUUACGUUUCGCUUGUCACUUACAGCAAUUUCUUGGUUAUGGUAAAUGCAUCAUGCAACAUAGCAAUAUAUAUGUUAUUUUCGGAUAAAUAUCGUCUAUUACUAAAACAUUAUAUGACAUGUCAUUGGUCAAGGGAUAGUGAAUUACUUUUAACGACAAAUACUGCAUAA